AUGGGUAAAGUUCACGAAAGUGAAUACACUACAGAAUUAUAUUCAACAACACAUGGAAGUGAUUACUUAGAAGUAACAACAGAUGAUAAUGAUUUUGAUUUAAACUUUGAAGAUUUUAUGAAUGACGACGCAGAUGACAAAAGGAGAAAAAGACAAAUACCUGUGGAGGAAAUGAAAGUUAAUAUUGAAAUUAUCGAAGCUAAUUACGAUUACGUUUUCGACUUCGACAUAACUACUGAUUUUUUUAUUAAAGAUUUAGUUAAUGAAACCAAAUUGACUACGAUUGAACCGAAUACUUUUCAAAUCAAUACGAUAAACGACGAUUGUAUCAAAGAAAUUGAAGACAUAUCAGAAGAAAACUUGGCCAGGGCACUAAAGGAUGUAAACAGAUUAUCUGUCAGAGACAGAGUGAAGCCCGGUCCAGGGUAUACCGCUGCUGGUGGCGGACUGGCUCUCGAUAAUAUCAACGGCCACGGACUAAGUGUGACCGGCCAGCACAUCCCUAGUCUCGGCAACCAGGCGACGGCGGCGGGGCGGCUGGGGCUCAUCAACACACCCGACCACAAGCUGGGCGCCAACGCCUUCAUAACCAGAACUAUGCCCAACAUCCCCAACCUCCCCAACUUCAACACUCAUGGUGGCAGCUUGGACUAUACUUUCAAGGAUAAAAUCGGUGGUUCCCUGGGCAUGGCGCACACUGACCUGUUCAAGAAGACCGACUACUCGGCCAUGGGCAACCUGAACCUGUUCCGAAACCCCUCGUCCUCGCUCGACCUCAACGCCGGCUGGACCAAGUCGCAGUCACCCAUCCCCGCCUUCAAUCACAACUGGGCUCCGCAGGGCGGUCUGACGUUUACGAAGUAUUUUUAAAUGUAUCUACAAGUAAUAAUAAUGUAAACUUUACAUUACAUUGUAAAGCAUAACCGUCCAAAGACUAGGAUAUACAUUGAUAAGUUAUUAUUUUUACUAUGAAAUGAGUUAGUUAUAUGAAAAUAAAUAAUAAAUGUAAUUAUUGAUAAAUCAAGUUAUUUUUAACAGUAA